GUUUCAUGAUCUGUCAGCUCGAGCUGUCAAAAAUUAAUCGUCAUUGUGGCAAGCAUCCGCGAAUAAAAUAAUCCAAUUUCUAAUAUUUAAUUUUCAAGGGUUUUACAAAACUAAUUCAAAAUGAUGGAUUGUGUAGAGGAGACUAACCAUGAUCCCCUGUCGGUGCCUCCGGCACAGUCUCCGGCAGGCGGGGAUUCCAAAGUGGACAAGAAGAAGCCCAGUGAGAAUGUAUCAUUGGUUGACAACAGUUUAUUGGUUGACAUAUCAGAUGCCUUGAGCGAAAAGGAGAAAGUGAAGUUCACGGUGCACACAAAGACCACUCUGCCAGAGUUCCAAAAGUCUGAGUUCAUUGUGGUGCGACAGCACGAGGAGUUUGUGUGGCUUCAUGACAGAUAUGAGGAGAAUGAAGAAUAUGCUGGGUACAUUAUACCACCAGCUCCGCCCCGGCCUGACUUCGACGCUUCGCGCGAGAAGUUGCAGCGUCUGGGGGAGGGGGAGGGGGCGCUGACCAGGGAGGAGUUCCUGAAGAUGAAGGAGGAGCUCGAGGAUGAAUACUUGGCUACGUUCAAGAAGACAGUGGCCAUGCACGAAGUGUUCCUACAACGUUUGGCAGCACACCCCGUGUUCAGAAACGAUUCCCACCUCCGUGUCUUCUUGGAGUACGAACAGGAUCUAUGUGCCAAGCCGAAAGGGAAAAUGGACCUUAUUGGUGGAUUGAUGAGGUCAAUGACCACCACCACAGAUGAGAUCUACCUAGGGGCAACGGUCAGAGAUGUCAAUGACUUCUUCGAGCAAGAGACGUCGUUCCUACAGGAAUACUACUCUCAUUUGAAGGAGGCUGUCGCUAAGGUCGACAGGAUGACCACUAAGCAUAAAGAGGUGGCAGACGCCCACAUAAAGCUGUCAUCUUGCCUGACACAGCUGGCCACGCGCGAACAACCGCCUACUGAGAGACUCCUUACCAGAGCUAGCGACACAUUCGACAAAUGCAGGAAGAUCGAAGGUCGCAUGGCAUCGGACCAGGAUCUGAAGUUAGCUGAUACGUUGCGGUACUACAUGAGAGACGCUCACGCAGCCAAAGCUGUACUUGUAAGGAGACUUAGAUGUCUUGCGGCUUACGAAGCAGCCAACAGGAAUUUGGAAAAGGCAAGGGCCAAGAACAAGGAUGUACACGCUGCGGAACAAGCGCAAGCGGACGCAUGCGCUCGCUUCGAGCAGCUGUCAGCUCGAGCGCGCGAGGAGUUGCUCGACUUCCGAGUGCGGAGGGUAGCUGCUUUCAGGAAGAGUCUGAUCGAUCUGGCAGAGUUGGAGAUGAAACAUGCGCGUGCGCAACAAGAACUGUUCAGAAAGUCUUUGCAAGUACUAAGGGAAUGCCAGUGAGAAAUAUAAUAAUAUUGUAUAUGUUAAUAACACGUUUUGAUUUUGUGGUCACAUAUAGGGUGGCUUUUAAACAGCAUACAAAUUCGGGAAGACUUGAAGUGGAAUAUGUCAGUGAGUUAGAAAAUUUUGCAAAAAAAUCUUUUCUAUAAUUUUAUUUGAAUGCCAGCUCGUAAUUCGUCAUUCAAAUCUCGUGUGGAAAUGCUGCUGUUUAAAACAACGCUCUGUAUUGUGAAAUAUGAAAGAGGGAGAAGAAAGAAAUAAAUGAAAGAGAAAAAUAUAUACGAUACAGUCUACACGAUAGCUCAGUAAUAUUGUAGAAAUUUAGUUUUUGUUAUAAUCGCUAGCUUUUUUUAGUAACAGGGUGUUUUUUAUUAUAAUUCGGUUCAAUUUUUUAUUUCUUACGGAUUUAAAACGGAAAAUAAUGUAAAUAAAGCAACACCCUGUAUGUGUAUGAAAUUAAUAAACCAUUGUAAGGUGCAUUAUAAUAUUAUAGUAUUUAUUUAACAGUUUUGUUAAAUAUAUAACUUGUAGGAACUAGUGUAUUUUAAUGGAAAUCGAUUUUGUUACGGCAAAUUUUUAUAGUUUAGAACUUGUUUGGCUUGAAAAUGAGAAAAUCGAAUAAUUUAUUUUUUCUUAAAACAGAGCCCUGAUAAAUCCCUAAAUCCUAACUAAUAAUAAAAAUGCGAAAGUUUGCUCGACUAAUCUUCUUGAAUUUUUGCAUACAUGUAGUUGGAAGUAUGGAGAAGGACAUUGGGUACCUUUCUUCUCGGAAAAUUAACUGUACCCGUGGGAAAGUCACGCGGGCGAAGCCGCGGGCUUUCUAGUAAACAAUAAAUGCCCGAAAAAGAGUUUGGCUUGGAGUGGUUUUGAAUAAAUUACCUUCUGCGAAAGUAACACGAUAAUGACUUCUUGCAAAAGUGGCAGUCAGUCAGUAAACACUUUUUAAUCGACUUCCAAAAAGGAUGAGGUUAUAUGUGUUAUAUGUGUAUUUUUUUAUGUAUGUUCAACGAUUUCUCUGUAAAUUGUGGACCGAUUUUCAUUUUCAGAUCAGCUAGAUUUCUGCUUUUCAUUGGCUCCAAAUGUAAUUUAAUAUUCGAUUUCUAUUAAAAUAUUCUCAAACAAAAUAUAUAAUUGACUGAUGUCGAAAUGUAGCUUAGCUUAUAAGGUAAUAUGUAAAAUAUAAUGUUUAUAUAACUGUUAUAAUAUCAUAAGUAUCAUUUGUAUAUCAGGUAAGUUAUUGUUCAUUAUAAAAAUCACGGCUUGUAAAAAAGCGGAAUUUGUAUAUUCCUUUUCUUGAUUUUACUCCACCAGAUCGCCCUAGUGAUGUGUCAGAUCUCGUAGAUCGAGAAAGCUAUAGACAAGGGGUGAGCGUAGCCACUUGAGACAGAACUAUGUCAAAUGUUAAGCCUAUUCAUUUAUUACCUGCCUACGUUUUAUAGCGUCUAUGUUGCCGCUUUGUAUGAGAUGGGCCGGGAAGUUGUAUAUAAAUGUUUCAUCUCAUUUGGCUAUGCUGUUGUUGUCUUUGUCUUUGGUCAAAUUAAUAUUUUCACAAA